GUUGUAAAAGUAAAACUAAUUAAACGAUAGUAGUUGUUAAACUCUUUUACAAUAAGUGGUGGAUAUGGUAAUGGUGGUUGCUGUGGCUCCAAAUUAACCACGAAGAAACCAUACAAGAAAUAAUCUUAACAGAGUACAUUACAGCACUGUGCAUAGCAAAUUAGUUGAUGUUUUUUCUGAGAGGCAAUAAGAGGGAUCUCAUCUUGCUACGAACUACAAAUAAUGGAAAUCAGUGGAACCACAGCUCUAACUUGGUCUCACACCGUCUGUCCUUCUCUUCACCUUCCUCAAACCCUCUUUAUUAGGGAGGCUAGGAGGUUCAAGGUUUGGUGUGGCACUGAUCAAAGCUCCAAGGGAAAUCAAAUGAUCAUAUCUGUAACUGGAGCAACAGGUUUUAUAGGUAAAAGGCUGGUGCAAAAGCUGCAAGCAGAAAAUCACAGCAUUCAUGUCCUGACACGCUCUAAAUCUAAGGCAGAACAAAUUUUUCCGGUGAAAGACUUUCCAGGAGUCAAGAUUGCCGAGGAGCCAGAAUGGAAGGAUUGCAUUCAUGGAUCAACAGGUGUUGUGAAUUUGGCAGGAUUGCCAAUAAGUACCAGAUGGUCUUCUGAGAUAAAGAAAGAAAUCAAGCAAAGCAGGAUUAAAGUGACCUCAAAAGUUGUAGAAUUUAUAAAAAGCGCACCAGAUGAUAUUCGACCCAAAGUUUUUGUUAGUGCAACAGCUGUUGGUUAUUAUGGCACCAGUGAGACACAAGUCUUUGAUGAACAAAGUCCAUCAGGAAAGGAUUACCUUGCUGAGGUUUGCAGAGAAUGGGAAUCGUCGGCUCUAAAGGUUAAUGGAGAUGUUAGAGUGGCUCUAAUUCGCAUCGGUGUUGUUCUUGGUAAAGAUGGUGGAGCACUAGCUAAAAUGAUACCUCUCUUCAUGAUGUUUGCUGGUGGACCUCUAGGUUCUGGAAACCAGUGGUUCUCCUGGAUUCAUCUUGAUGACAUUGUCAAUUUAAUAUAUGAAGCACUAUCAAAUCCAUCCUACAAAGGAGUUAUCAAUGGAACUGCACCAAAUCCUGUGCGAUUGUCCGAAUUGUGUGAGCAGCUAGGACAAGUUUUGGGUCGUCCCUCAUGGCUGCCGGUGCCUGACUUUGCACUCAAGGCUGUUCUUGGAGAAGGUGCUACUGUGGUUUUAGAAGGGCAAAGAGUGGUUCCUACUCAAGCCAAGAAGUUAGGUUUCUCAUUCAAAUAUUCAUAUGUGAAGGAUGCCCUUAAAGCAAUUAUUUCGUGAAGCAAUAUUAGCACAGCAACUGUCAUAUUCUUUAUUCUUUGGAAUUGGAAUCAUGCAUCAACCUUUCCAACAUGUCAGUGGCGAUUCAUCAACGGCUUUAUAAUUAUCUUUAACUUUAGAGUCUUUCUAUGAAUUGAUGAAACGAAAAAUACUAUCGAUCAAUGAAAAUUAAGACAUUUAUUUU